UACGCAACGCAAGCAGGGCUCCAUCCGUUCGAAAAGGACUGAGAACUUUGUUCUCUGUCGUUUGCUUUGCAAAUGUCAUGUAGCACUGAAGUCAGUGAAGUGCUGGCCGCUGUCGGAGUGUCAUCUUCAGGGCGCCGGCGCUGAUCGAAUGGUGGGGCUAGCGAAUGGCAUCCACUAUGAUCCGACGAAAAGCGUUCAGUUUGUAAGCUAUUCUCCAAUAUGGAGCUUUAUAUAUUGGCAUCAAUUCCACAGGGAAAUCUAUAACGCAAAUAUACACUUUCAAAGGGUCAAGCAAUCAAACAGCAAUUUCGGAGAGAGUUGGUCCCACACGUGAUAACGACCCCACCUUCCUAAAAUGGACAACUCUAGGUCCUCUCAGCGAAACAUUGAGCUUGACGGCUGGAAUCGGCGGACGACUUCAAAUGAGGCAGACGGAAGCUUGAUACUUGAUAACAAUGGCGGUGUUCAAGAUGUCGAGGGACGAAAUAUUGUAAUUCAACAAUUGAAGCCUGUAGACGGAGGACCUGAUGCUUGGAAAGUGUUGAUAGCUGCUUUUAUCUUCGAAGCUUUACUCUGGGGUUUUCCAAUCUCCUUUGGUGUUUUCCAAGAUUAUUAUUCUACUCUACCUCAAUUUGCAGGCGUCAAUUCAAAAAUCGCACUCAUUGGUACUCUAGCUCAAGGACUUUCCUACCUUGGAGCACCUAUCUCAGCAAUGGUAACGAAACGUUUUCCAAAAUAUCAUCGUCUACAAAUCUGGAUCGGAUGGCCAGUCUGUCUCGGUGGGCUUGUUGCUGGCUCAUUCGCUACUACGGUCCCCUCCCUCAUUGCAACCCAAGGAAUCAUGUACGGUAUUGGCUUCAUCACUUUGACCUAUCCAAUAAUCUCCAUGGUCGACGAAUGGUGGGUUCAAAGGAAAGGAAUGGCAUUAGGACUCAUUGCCAGCGCAUCAGGAGCAUCGGGGGCCAUUAUGCCGUUCAUCAUUUCCGCUAUGCUGAACAAGUACGGAUACCAGACAACAUUGCGAGCAAUCGCUGUCGCAAUGGCACUACUCACCGGACCUCUCAUCCCAUUCCUCAAAGGACGUCUUCCACCUUCUGAACGCAGCGCUAUUGCGAAGACAAACUGGUCUUUCCUCCGAAAACCACUCUUCUGGAUCUUUGGCGUAUCAACUUUAAUCCAAGGCCUGGGAUUCUUCUUCCCAGCUCUCUAUCUCCCUUCCUACGCAACAGCAAUAGGCCUUAGUUCCACACAAGGAGCUUUAGUUCUUGCAAUCAUGGCGCUGGCCCAAUUGAUCGGCCAAUUUGCGUUCGGUUUCCUCUCGGACAAGAAACUCUCAGUCAGCACCCUCGCCAUAUUUUGUUCUUUCAUGGCAACCAUUGGGUCUUUUGCUGUUUGGGGAAUGUCGAAAUCUCUCGGUCUCCUUAUACUCUUUAGUAUCAUAUACGGCUUCUUCGGAUACGCAUUCGCAGCUAUGAGAGCUGGGAUGGGAAAGGCUGUCAGUGAUGAUCCUUCUGCUGUUGUUGCUACGUAUGCUAUUUUGGUUUUCCUCCAGGGCAUUGGAAACGUACUGGCAGGUCCGAUUAGUGCGGCGUUGUUAGAGAGGAAUGUUAGGUUAAAUGUCUAUGGUGUUGAGAGGUUCAGGAGUUUGGUUAUCUUUACAGGGACGUGUAUGUCUGCUAGUGGAUUUGUGAUUCUGGGAUGGUUUUUGAGACCGAGUAAGGUUUUUGCUGUGAGAUAGUUUGUGUUCCACUUUGGGUUGCUUAUAAUGUCCUUUACGAGCGAUACAUUUUGUAUUUUGCUUCGACAUAAAUAUAAUAUAAAGCACCUACGACCACGACGGUAGAUUAUGGAUCCUAGAAGCAUAAUACAGGCUUUUAAGCUUGAUGG